AUGGACGCAUCAUCGCCCCAAGCAACUAGCAGGACCGCAUUCGCCUUGGAACCCAUACCGGCCAACAUAAUCGCAUCUAAUGAGAUCAAACGGCGCGAUGUCAAUAUUGACGCCGGUCGCCUGUGCGUCGGAUGCUCCGAGAUAGACGAUCAAGUCCUUCUAGGCGGCUUCGAGCGCGGUGCGGUGGUUGGUGUGAGCUCCGAAGUUGAGUCUUUUGCCGUGAAACUCGCGCUUCAAACUCUCGCCAGAGGUCUUCAUGAUGGCGCACUCCACAAUGCGCUCAUCAUCACGCCGCGACCACGCGCAGAGGUCCUCCUGGCACUACGUGACGCCCUCACUGCAGCCUUGGGUACGAUGACAGAUGCGAACGCGCGAAAAGAGGCCAUCAGGGGCUACAUGGACAAGAUUCAGCUAGCUGGUGUAUUUGACAUGGACGGAGCCUGGGAGGCCCUCGCGGAGCUGGACAGGCCGGUACCACCGCCGGCGGUUCCCACGCCAGAGAUAGACGACAGCCAAGACGACGACAACGAUGAUGGUGACGAAGGCGCUCCCAGCCCCGACAGAAGCCCGGACAUGAUCAUCAUCACGCACACCGGCGUCCUGCUUACUUCUCUGUUCAUGCAUCGCUCCUCCUCCGCCGCUCACACCACCUGGCAACUCCUAUCGUCCCAUCUGCGCUACCUCGCGCGCACGCUGCCGUCGUCGCCGCUCAUCUUCCUCCUCAACUCGACCUCCUCCCCGGAGGUGGAGCGAGGCGCGCACCACACACAGCCGGCACAGGUCGACCAGACCCAGCGGAGCGUCUUCAACCCGCCCACGAUACCCGGGUACAGCACCCUGCUGGCGAGGCGGAAUAAGCCGACGUUUGGCCUGGUGUUUGCGCAGAUGCUCGAUCUACACGUCUUGUGCACAAAUGUUCCGAGGACGGUGGCUGAUGUGGAGCGGGGACCGACUGGCAGCACCGUGACGAUCGUGGAGGUGCUGCUCGACGACAUGGGCGUGUGGGAGAAGGGCAGGGAUGGCAAGGAUCGGAAUCACAGGGAGCAGAGAUGGGGCGCUGUCGACCUCAAGGAGGGACACCUGGUGAACGCCUUUGGGAAGCGCGAAGAAAAGAUAUAUGGCGAUCUCAGGUUAGCUGCGGGCUUCGGAGGUCCACGAGUAUAA